UUUACCAUGGCCCCAUUACAGGACCAGUAACAAGGGAUGCUGUGAGAUCAAAUGGACACUUUCGAGCUGAAUGUAUCGUCUGCAACAUGCAGCACUGAGAUGAGAUGGCCGUGCAUGCAUGCAGCUGCAGGCACAAAUGCAUCAGGCUCUCUCAUGCGAGCGGCUGCCUGCAGUGGGGAGGCUGAUUGAGGGCUUGUGUGACCGUGUGUGAGAGUGCGUGUUAAUUCAGCCUCACAAAGCCUCUUCCAAGGAGAGGCUUCUCAAUUCAUCACACAACGGCAAGAUCUCAGCUCUAGUAUCUGACAAUGUUUCGCAAAAAGAAAAAGAAGAGGCCAGAAAUUUCAGCACCGAAGAACUUUGAGCAUCGUGUUCACACAUCAUUUGAUGCAAAGCAUGGAGUCUUCGUCGGCCUUCCUACACAAUGGCAGAGUUUAAUCGAGAACCUACGCAGACCCAAACCGAUGGUGGACCCUUCCAGAAUAACACCAGUAGAACUCAAACCAAAGAAGACCAUCGUGCGAGGGAGUAUGAUUGGCCACGGAGACUACAUCUCAGCCAUGCUGUCAGACAUGAACCGUCUGUCAGUCACCAGCUCCAACUCUCUGCGCAAAAGCAGUCCAUCGGCGCGCAAGAGAGCUCAGUCGCUCGGCCGCCUCGGGGAGGUGAGCGAGGGUGACACAUACCAAUAUGAAGGACUGGAGCCGUCUCAGGAUGAACUGGAUGCUCACUGGGGCGACAAGUCACGGAACAUCCACAGUGAAACCGGUACGCCGUAUAUGGGUCUAAAGAAAAGCAUCACUUUGCAGCCCAACGGUGUGCUGCCAAGAGCAAAGUCAACCUAUGAAGUCAGCAUGAGCUCUUUGGGGGGGCCUCCACCUCCUCCGGUCCUAUCCGCACCUCCUCCACCCCCCAUCCCAGUCCCAGAGCCCCCCAGAACUAUGUAUAUGGGCGGAGAUGUUGGAAGUCCGACAGAGAGACUCAUGAUGAGGAGAGAGUUUCCCAUUGUGUUCGCACACAACCAGAGACCUAUUACCUGUUUCUACAAUCCCAUGAUGCCCAUGCAACCACCUCAUGGGGAUAGCGGGGGUCUCACUCCUGAUAUGAGGACUGCAAACCGACUACUGGUACACCCGCAAAACAGUCCUGGGAGACCAUACUCUUCAUACGACCUUAAGGCAGACACUUUAAGGCACCAGUCAGGCUAUAUGCACAGCGGUACCAGCAGUCCACUCGUGAGUGGCACCAGGCCACACAAAGCCUUCCAUGCUUCUUCUAGCUACACUAUUGGACUAUCACCCAACAUCAGUUAUCGACCCACCGGCCCUGACCCCUUUAUGAGACACUCUGGCUGCCCAAACCCAGGACUGUACCCCAGACAAGACAGCCCAUCUCAGCCCAGACCCUCACCCACCGGUUCCCUGGCCAACAGCCCCCCGGGAACCUGUUCCCCUGCGUUCAGACCCCCCCAGCACCCCUCGCCACGACCCCCGCCCGACCCACCCAAAGUGACCCAUGAGCAGUUCAAGGCCGCCCUGCUGAUGGUGGUGGAUAAAGGAGACCCACGGUCAUACCUGGAGAACUUUGUGAAGAUCGGAGAAGGUUCAACGGGUGUGGUGUGCAUUGCCCGUGAGAAACACAGCGGACGGUUGGUGGCGGUCAAGAUGAUGGAUUUGAGGAGACAGCAGCGGCGAGAACUUCUCUUCAAUGAGGUGGUAAUCAUGAGAGACUAUCAGCACAGGAACGUGGUGGAGAUGUUCAAGAGCGCUCUUGUGGAGGAGGAACUCUGGGUAAUCAUGGAAUAUCUUCAGGGAGGAGCUUUAACCAACAUUGUGUCUGAAACCAGGUUGAGCGAGGAGCAGAUCGCUACAGUGUGUGAAGCCGUUCUGCAGGCGCUCGCGUAUCUCCACUCGCAAGGUGUCAUCCAUCGAGACAUCAAGAGCGACUCUAUCCUGCUCUCAUUGGACGGCAGAAUCAAGCUGUCAGACUUUGGAUUUUGUGCCCAGAUCAGUAAAGAUAUUCCAAAGAGGAAGUCUUUAGUGGGCACUCCAUACUGGAUGGCACCAGAGGUCAUCUCAAAGUCACCUUACGGCACUGAGGUGGAUAUUUGGUCUUUGGGAAUCAUGGUGGUGGAGAUGGUAGACGGAGAACCUCCAUAUUUCAGUGAAACUCCCGUAGCUGCGAUGAAGAGACUGCGAGACGAGCCGGCGCCUACCGUGCGCAACAUUUAUCAGGUGUCACCAGUACUGAAGGAUUUCCUGGACCAGAUGUUGACGCGAGAUCCACUGGAGCGAGCCAGCGCCACCGACCUCCUGGAGCAUCCCUUUCUCCUGCAAGCCAGCUCGCCGCAGUGCCUGGUGCCCCUAGUGGAGCAAUACCGCAAGCGCAUGUCUCGCUGCUGAAGUUCCCUUCAUUCGCACUCGCUCGCCAGCGACUGCUCGUUCACACGGAGGCCCCUUAGAUGCCCUGCCGUGUGGAAAAUAAAGACGAGAAAGAAGCAAAAGGAGUGGCUAUGUAGAGCAGCGCCUAUUUUUCCUCCAGAGGAACCAGGAUUUAGGUGGAUAUUUUAUGAGAAAUUAACUAUAUAAACUCGGACAACCGUUUUCUUCUCAGAGAGGUCUUAUUGGUUGAAAUGGGAAUGUUUUCAAAUGUCAACGUUUUGCAAAGUAUGCAAGAGCGCUUUCAGUGGAGGAAAGUGUGGAUGAGAUGUAAACGUUGCAAAAAACAAUACGUGUUGAAAUACCGAGUAACGUGGAUGUGGCCACUUAAUGUAAGACUAACGCAAAAUGAGAAUAAUAGUAAUUUACAAGUUCUAUACAUUGACCAGCCAUUCAUGUUAUCAUUUAUUAACUAUUUUGUCAUUUCUGAUGCCGCUUUGCAUAACUAAUAAGUUUAACAUAUUUUUACUAUACAUAACGACCCCUAUAUGACCCCCAUUGUGGCUUUAAGUUCAUAUUUGUCCGUUUUGAGGUCAUCCAUAUGCUAGUGCACUCCUAAACUUUUGCUAAAUUAACUUUAAGCAGAUAUACAGCACAUUUAAAUGUAUAGUUCAACCAAAAACUUUAAUUCAGUCAGUGUUUACUUUUCGUUAUGUCAUUCAAAACCCCUAUGCUGUUAUUUUCCUGUUGAACACAAAAUAUGUUUUUAAUAAUCUUCACAUUGGUCUUUCAUUUCCAAUUGUUUGUGAGCACCAAAAAUGACAACAAAAUACCAUAAAAGUAGUCCAUACCAGGGGUUUUCAAACCUUUUGAUGCCAAGGACCCCCAGUUUGUGAAAAAUAGUAAAUGUGACAUAAUCAAGACAUUUGAAAUUAAAUAAUUGUCUUUUUGUAUUGUGAUUGUAUUAAAGCAAAUUAAUUAUAAAAUUUUAUAGGGAAAAUAGGUAUAUUAAGUUUUUCUUUGUCUUCUAAAUGUAUUUGUAUAAUACUUUUCACAAUAAAUACUGUAGUUUCAAAGUAAAUUUAUAGAGAAUAGUGAAUUACAAACAAUUUAAUAAUAUUUUAAAUUACGUGCAAAAAUUAUGGCUGUCAUUAGAACAAAAUAAUCGUAAUUAGUCUCAUGAUUUCAGAAUGAAACGGCAAUAAUGUGGAUUUUUUUUUUUACACUUUAUUUUGCUUUCGCUGAAAUUGUUAACUGACCGCAUGUGGCCCCACUGGGGUCCCUGUCUCCUGUUUGAAAACCCCUGGUCCAUAUGACACAACUUAGGAAUCAAAUAUGGUGCCUAUGGCGCGCAGGUUGACACCUGAUGUUAUUGAUGUUCAACUUGCCUUUUACUGGAAAAAUAUGCCAACAUACUGAGGAAACGUGCCCAUGCCUAGCCAUUUUAUGGGAUCUUUAAAAUCCAUUUAGCUGAUUUCCUUCCUAUACCAGCACUGAAAAUGUAAUAAGUCUGCAGAUCCAGUGUGGGCUUGAAAGAGAUUUUACGGCACAGUAACCAUAUAUUUCGACUGUUUUUUAACCACAGGAAAUCGAUGCUUAAGACUGGCUUGCAUGGCUGAAUAGUGGCACUUCGCUUGAAUCUUAAUUUAAGGAAAGGAAAUGUUUUCAGAAACAAUGGCAAAACUGAUGUCAUUUGUUUUCUGCUCUAUCAGGUGUGAAAGGUUUGUAUGAGCCAUUGAAACCAAUUGUACAUAUUUUAAUGACUUAUUUAUAAUUUUUUUUAAUGGAAUGAGCGCCUGCUUUUCAAAAGGGUGUUGUGAAUGGUUUGUAAACUGUGUAAAUAUUGCACCUGAGCUUGAAAGUUUAUUCUUUCUAAAACUGCUCUUAUUUUAAAUCGGCUACUGUAAAAGUGUCAGGCGAACAAAUAAUGUACAUAAUCAUAGCAGGGGAAAACCCCGUAUUUGCAUUAAAUUGCAUUGUUAAUUAACAACGAGAGAUGAAAUCAAAAUAUUGUUUUAUUUAGUUUUUGUUUAUUGGUGUGUGUUUACACUUUGGAUUCAGUGUUCAUUGUGAUAUUUCUGCAUCCUGUUGUACUGUGACAUUUCCAGAAUUCUUAUAUUGUAAUACAACUUUAGAAAAGAGAGAGAGACUGAUUUAAGGGCCAUUCACACAGUAUACGUCCCUAACUAUGGCUGUUUGUGAUUUGAGAGCAGUGAAUAAUAACUUCAGCUACCGUGUGGCUUUAAAACUGACUUGAAAUAUAGUGCACAAUUACUACUUUCAAACUUUUUUGUCCUAUUUGAGCUUUACAGCCACAACUUUUCAAGUUAAAAGUAGUUUCAAAAAUGUUUCUCGAGACCACUCUCUUCUAUUAAUGUCUGUUGUCUGUGCAUCCGUUUUGUAAGGAUGCUUUCUGUGUGAACGGCCCCUUAUAAUUUGCACAGCUCUGUGUAUGACACUGAAAUGAUCAGAGCAGCUGAGAACACACGACUCAUCUCACCUUCUUGCCACAACAUGUUUCGUGUGCUUGUGUUUGUAUGUUUGUUGUUCAUGAAAAGAGAAAUAUGCAUUAAUUUUUUUAAUGAAUAA